AUGUCUCUUGCAACUGUCUUUGUAAUCAAUCCUCAAAUGCUUAAAAUACAACGUAAUCCACGUCGACGUCGAUCAAUUAUUCGUCAAUUUGCUUUAACUACAUCAGCUCACGGAAUUCCUGGCAUUGCACGAAGUCUAAGUAAACAUAAUAGAAUUUUUUGGUCAAUUUGUUCUAUUGCUUUUGUUGCUAUUACACUUUAUUUUGUUAUUCGAGAGAUUCGUAAUUAUUUUGAUUAUUCAACUCAAACAUCAGUUAAUAUGAUUAAUGAAUGGCCACAAUAUUUUCCUGCAUUUACUAUUUGUAAUCUUGUACCUAUUCGUUAUGAUCGUUUUAUUAAACCAUUUCUAGACUUUACAGAUAUGUUAAAUAUAACACGUAUGAAUGAUUCAAUAUCGAUUUCAUCAAAUCAAGCAAAAUAUAUUGCUGAUUUUUUACAAAUAAAAGUUAAUCAAAAUGAAUCAUUUGAUGAAUUUUUUUUCCCACUUGAAACAAUGCUGAUCAAAUGUACUUUCAAUGGACGUUCUUGUUCAGCAAAAAAUUUUACUUCAUUUUAUUCAUCGACCUAUGGUCUUUGUUAUACGUUUAAUGCUAAGUUAAAAAAUAUGAAAAAUAUACAAUAUAGUGAUGAAUAUGGUGGACCCGGGAAUUUAAAUUUACGUUUUUAUGUUCAUAGUCAUCAGUAUGUACCGUAUAUAAGAGAAGGUAUUGGUAUGAUAGGUAUGGUACAUAAUAAUGUACAAUUACCUUUGAUUGAUUCUGCUGGAAUAGCAUUAGCAACUGGAUUUAAACAUCGAAUUACAUAUACGAAAAAGACGAUUUCAUAUUUACGAGCACCUUAUUCAACAUGUGAUGAUAAAAUACCAUCGAUGAUGCAAGCAAUGUUUGAUAAUUAUCAAGGUGCGGAAUAUGAAUAUUCAGAAGAUAUUUGUUAUGAAUUAUGUACACAAGUCUAUGUAUAUCAACAAUGUGGAUGUAUUAAUCCUAAACAAUGGAAUGCUCGUUCAGUUUUAUUACCUGAUACUAAAGAAAUAAUCAUUGCUCCUCUAUGCAAUAUAUCCGAUAAAUGUUAUUCACAAGCAGGUUACACGUUUCUUACAUCGACAUCUUUACUUGAUCAAUAUUGCCCAUACUGUUCACAACAAUGUUCUAUAACAAGUUUUAAUCUUAAAACAUCUAUGUGGAAAACCCCACCUGCAUGGUUAUUGGAUGAUAUUAAAAAAUUUGCUGAAACAUCUCAAAUUCCAUUACCUAUUGAUUGGUCAACAAAUUGGCGUUCUCAUAUUGAUUCAAGUUAUCUUUCAGUUGAAUUAAUACAUGAAUCAAAUUUAGUCGAAAAUUAUACUCAAACAGAAACAAUGACUGCAGUUGAUGUACUUUCUAAUGUUGGAGGUCAAACAGGUCUUUGGAUUGGUGUUAGUUUCUUAUCUUUAAUGGAAUUAGCAGAAAUGCUCUAUCGACUCAUUCGACAUCAAUAUUAUGCUAUUCGAAGAAGUCGUAAUAACAUUGAAGAUGACAAUAAAAUUUAG